AUGUCACCUCUUCUUCAGACCGGGGUGUUUGCCAGCCCUGCUCCUGCUCCGGUGCCUACUCCACAGCCUAGUGUCUGGACUGCCGAGCAGCGUGCAGAGUUCCUCAGGCAGCAGCAGGGUCUGCAUCAGCUACAGCACCCCUCAGCUCAGUCCCUCAUGUUCGAGUCACCCUCACAGCCUGAGGUGCUCCGUCCGUCCGCUGUUCGCCCUACUCAGCCAGACACGACUCCCGUCACAUCUGCUCCUCCGACGGACUCCACGGUCGUCACCGAGCCAGCUGCUACUUCUACUCCGGCUACUUCUACUGCUCCGGCGACUCCGGUCACGCAGAAGUCCUCUUCAGCUGACGAAGACUGGACGGACGACGACGCCGACGACUCAGCCACAUAG